AUGCUCUCCUUGACGCGGCUCAGCUGUUCUUCCAGCACUAAAUGGAGCAUCAUCCGCAUCUUGUUUCUGGUCUUGAUUCUUUUCACGUUGAUGGUGCUCCUCUUCAGUAAUUUUAGGUGGCUCCCUGGGCAACUGGUGGUUACCGCCGUACGCAUAGGGAACGCCGUGCCCGAACUGUCUACUGAGUUUGAAGCCAUCAAGUCAGAGAAGAAGAAUGAAGCCUCCCUUGAUAAGGAACAUGUUUUGUUUCCAAAUGCUCUUCUGGAGACAAAUACGAGCAAAGAUGCUCCGAAAACACUUCAUAUCUAUGACUACCUCAUCAACGAGCCCGAUAAAUGUAAAGACGGCGCUCCGUUCCUUAUUCUACUCAUUGCCGCGGAAAGAUGGCAGAAGGAAGCUCGGCAGGCCAUCCGGCAGACGUGGGGGAAGGAGGACUUCCUACCUGGAGUCAGGAUACUGCGGCUGUUUUUUAUAGGCAAGGACGUUGGGUGGAAUGACGAUGCUCGGAGGUCUCUCUUAGAAGAAAGCCAGAUGUUCCAUGACAUCAUUCAGCAGGAUUAUUUGGACACCUACUAUAACCUGACCGUAAAGGUCAUGAUGGGCUUAAGCUGGAUUUCCACGCAUUGCCCGGAGGCCUCAUACGUCAUGAAAACGGACAGCGACAUGUUCGUCAACAGCGAGUAUUUAAUCUCCCGUCUCCUGAAACCAGAGGAGCCUCCACGACCGAACUAUUUUACUGGAUAUCUGAUGACCAACGCUACGCCUAUUCGGAACCUGGAUAGCAAGUGGUAUGUUCCCCCCGCAGAAUACCCGGAGAAGGGAUAUCCAUUGUUUUGCUCCGGGACCGGCUAUGUGUUCUCUGCCAACCUGGCGCCUAAGAUCGUCCAAGUCUCCCCGACCGUUAAAUGGAUCCGUCUCGAGGACGUCUUCGUUGGCCUUUGUCUGGACAAGUUGGGGGUACUGCCGGUGGCCCCACCAAAGCCCAAUGACUUCAACGCCUGGAGAGUUUUCUACACAGACUGUGAAUACAACCAGAUUGUUACCUCCCACGAACUGAGGCCGGGGGAGAUCAUAUAUUUUUGGAACAAGUUACAGCAGAAUAAACAUAAAUGCGUCUGAUUC